CAUCUGAACAAAGCGUCACGAGCACUGAAACGUGUUCCAUUGCAUAUCCAGUGGCGCCGGUGAGGGUCCCGUAGCCCUGCAGCCCACUAUCUCUAAAUGCGGAGCUUAGCUCUACCCCACGUUCAGCAUCAUCGUCGGCAGCCCUCCCGUUGAUACUACCCCUCAUCAAAACAAAGAGAUAACAUACCUGCAUCUGCACGACUUGUCAACGUCUUUCCAGUCGUGGUUUGGUCUAUUUCUUCGUGUGAGGUCACUUGAUCGGCUGGACGCUCACAUGCUUUGCGUGUUACAAUUUUUCUUAUCUUUUGGCGAAUAAGACGUUAAACUUUGCCGCAUCAAACUGUAUCCCCUGUACACAACAGAAAUCGCAACUAUGGCUGGUUCGAGCAAUGCCACACUCACCAUCCUGGGUACAGGAAACAUCACAAAGCCUAUUGUGAAGAAUUUGCUUCCUGCUAUCAAAGACGGCAAGACAGAUCUGCCUUUCACAAACAUCAUCGCCUGCGUGCGAUCAGAGGGUUCUGAGUCUAAACUCAACGGCCAGUUCUCAGAGUACGGCAGCAUUCUGACUGUGUCUCGUGGCGACAAUGUCAAAGCUGUACAAAACGGCGACGUGAUUGUCUUGGGCGUUGAUCCAGCUGAUAUCGCCGAUGUUCUCGCCCAAGAGGGUAUUCGCGAUGCUUUAUCAGGCAAACUUCUCAUCAGUGUAGCUGCUGGCUGGACCAAAGAAAAGCUCGAAUCUGCCAUUUAUGGAAGCGAGACCACCAAGGACAAUUUCUCAGGCAGGGCCUGGGUAAUUCGUACUCUACCCAACAUUGCAUGUAUGGUUUCAGAAGGUCUCAUCGCGAUUGAGAAAUCACCCUCUGAGCCCCAAGUCCCAACAGAGCUCAUGGAUCUCACCAAAACCCUCUUCAACACCAUCGGUAGGACCACCGAAGUGGCUCCUCGUCUCAUGAACGCCACCACAGCCGUUGGAGGAUCUACCCCAGCAAUGUGGGCUAUCAUCUGCGAUGCCUUCAUCGAUGCUGCCGUAGCCGUUGGUGUACCCAGGGCAACUGCACAGACGAUGAUCUACCAAUCCAUGAGGGGUUCAGCUGCAAUGCUUCAGAGUGGAUUGCAGCCCGGGGAUUUGAGAGAUCAAGGGACUUCGCCUGAGGGCUGCACCAUCGGAGGAAUUAUGGUUCUAGAAGAAGCGGGAGUAAGGGGCCAUCUUGGACGUGCACUACGGGAGGCGGUCACUCUGGCAAGGUUGAUGGAGACUACUACCCAUGUUAAUGAUACACGCCCUACUUCAUAGACUUAGCCAGGAACAGAGUACGAUAGAGUG